CGCUAGAGAAGAGGGUGAAAGGCUACUGCCCUCAGGCAUAAAACAGUUCCUGUGAGACAAACAAAAGGAGGGAUCAAGAAUGAGAAUGUGUUCUUAGGUUUCAGACUUUUGACCAGAGAUUACUUUUUGGGAUCAGGACAGAGAGAAGUCACAACAUACUGAGUUUCUUCAGCAUAAGAGAAGAUGACUGCGUCAAAGAUAUCAUUUGAGGAUGUGGCUGUAGACUUCUCAUGGGAGGAGUGGCAGCUGCUUAACCCUACUCAAAAGAACUUGUACAGAGAUGUGAUGUUGGAGAACUGCAGCAGCCUUGUCUUCUUGGGUUAUCAAACCACCAAACUUGAGGUAGCUUUCAAGCUGGACCAAGGAGAGUCAUGGAUAAUGGAGAAAGGAAUCCUAAGUCAAAACUUUUUAGAAAUCUGGCUAGACAAUUAUUCUCAAGUAUCUCCUCAAAAUAAACAAGACAAGAUUAAAAGAAAGGGGAGAGGCUAUGGAAAUGAUAUUUUGGAGGAAAUACUCCAAUCAAACGUGAACUCUGUUCGUUUAGAAAUGAUAUUUCAUAAAUGUAGCUCAUGUGAAAGAAGUCUAAAACAUCCUUUAGAAUUUAAAAUUCCAAAAAGUAACUGUGAAAGAAAAAAAAUUAAGGUCAGUAAGAAAUUAUUGUUUUGUCUAAAAUCUGACAGAACCUAUGGCAAAGUAAAACACAAUGAUUGUAAUAAAUGUACAAAAACUAGGAGUAAAGGGUCAGUGCUCUUUAGAAAGCAUAUAACAAAGUUAGGAGUCUAUUUAUGUUUGGAAUGUGGUAAAGUUUUAAGCCAGAAAUCACAGCUUACUAAUCACCAGAGAAAUCAUAUAAGAAAGAAGCCCUAUCAGUACAUUCGAUGCGGGGAAACUUUUGCACAAAAGUCACUGCUCACUAUUCACCAAAGGACUGACUCAGUAGAAAAACCAUAUGGUUGCAAUCAGUGUCAUAGGGUUUUCAGUAGUAAGUCAGUGUAUAUUCAGCAUCAGAAAAUUCAUACUGGAGAGAAGACCUAUGCUAGUAGUGUAUGUGGAAAAGCCUUCAGCAAGAAGCAACAGCAAAAAAGACAUGAGAUAACUCAUAAAAUAAACAGACCUUAUGUUUGCAGUGAUUGUGGGAAAGCUUUCUCUCAGAAAUUGAAACUUAUCAUUCAUCAAAGAAGACAUACAGGAGAAAAACCCUAUAAAUGUAGUGAUUGUGGAAAAGCUUUCUUUUGGAAUUCACACCUUAUUAUUCAUCAGAGGUCUCAUACAGGGAAGAAAACUUAUGUAUGUAGUGAAUGUAAAAAAACCUUCAAUGAGAACUCACUUCUCAUUAGGCAUCAAAGGGUUCACAGAGGAGAGAAACCAUAUGCAUGCAGGAAAUGUGAUGAGGCCUUUGUUAGAAAGUCACAACUUAUUGAACAUAAGAUGACCCAUAAACGAGAUAAGAAAUAUCAAUGUUGUGAUUGUGAACAUGCCUUUUUAAAGAAAUCAGAGCUAAUAAGACAUCAAAAAAGUCACUUAGAGAAACCUUAUAGGUGUGAUGAGUGUGGGAAAAGAUUCUUUGGAAAGUCACAGCUCCUAACACAUCAAAGAACUCACACUGGGGAGAAACCGUAUAAAUGCAAUGAGUGUGGAAAGGCCUUUUCCCAGAAGUCAAGUGUGAUAUCACACCGGAGGACACAUACAGGUGAGAAACCCUACAAAUGCACUGAAUGUGAGAAAACUUUCAGUGAAAAAUCAAGCCUCAUUCAUCAUCAGAGAACACAUACUGGGGAAAAGCCCUUUGAAUGUAACGACUGUGGGAAAGCAUUUGCAUGGAAGACACAACUCCUUCGACAUCAGAGAAUUCACACAGGGGAGAAACCCUUUGAAUGCAAUGAAUGUGGGAAAGCAUUUGUUCAAAAAGUACAGCUCAUUAAGCAUCAGAGAAAUCAUACAGGAGAGAAGACCUAUAAAUGCAGUGAUUGUGGAAAAGCUUUCUUUGAGAAGACACAGCUUAUGGUUCAUCAGAGAAUCCAUACAGGAGAGAGACCAUAUAAUUGUGGUGAAUGUGGUAAAUCUUUCACUAGAAAAUCACAUCUUUUGAGGCAUCAGACAAUUCAUACAAGAGAUAAGUGAAGUAAUAUAGGGGCAGUCAGUGUGGUACUAGAUUUAUCAGGAAGUUACAGUUUAUCAUAUAUCAAAGAAAUCAUAUAAUAUAGAAGUCAUCUAAGUGCAAGGAACUUGGAUAGAUGCUAUCAGAUGUUCCCUUAACACUUCUUGAGAAUAAAUAGAAGAGUCUCCUAUCAAGACCAUCAAGAAAAAAAUUAGAAAUUAUAAAUCACAAGAAAGAAUUCAGAAAAAAGACUGUAGAGGUAGACAAAAUGAAAAGUAGUUUUCCCAUAAGAUACAACUUAUUUCACCUUGGAUAACUUGUCAAGGUAAUAAUAUUUUCAAUACUACUAGAGAUAGUGCUGGAGCCAUUAGUCAGAAAUCACAGGAAAAAAGCAACUAUAGAAAGUGAGCCAAAGAUCUCAUCAGAAAAGGACAACCCAUUGAGUAUUAAAGAAUGCUAAAAAAAAGUAUAGUCUAAAUAGUUCAAACUGAUGAUUUGAAGAGUGUAAUUAGUGUGAUGCUACUCAACUGAUUUUGUGAGAAAGUUGUGUUCGUUGUACAUAAAUUACUACAAAAAUCUGUUUUAAAUAGCAAGUGUGUUUGUGAAGACAUCUGCUUCUGCUGUGGAAGAGUAAUCUCCCUUGUCUUAAACAGCUAGAAACUGUAAAUAUAUGUGAAAUAUUUUUACUUUAAUGUUUUUAAUUGCCAUCUAGAAGUUUUAUGUAUUUGUGGAGGUACAGUAUGGAUUUUAAUGCACAUCAUAUAUAAUAUGUAAUUAUUGGAUCUGUGGAAUUGGUUUAACAUAUAUUACUUCAUAUAUUUAUCAUUUCUCUGUUAGGAAUAUUCAAAAUCCUCUCUAAUAGCUUUGUGUUGUUAUUGAGACAGGGUCUCACUAUGUAUCCUUUCUGGCCUAGAGCUCUCUGUGUAGUCCAGACUGGCUUUGCACUUAGAGAGAUAUGCCUGCCUCUACUUCCCUAGUGCUAGGAUUAAAGGCAUGUACCACCAUGCCUGGCUUUCAUUACCUAUUUUUAAAUACUUCGGCAGUGGUGGCACACAACUUUAAUCCCAGCAGUCAUGAGGCAGAGGCAGGUAGAUCUCUAUGAGUUUGAGGCCAGCCUGGUCUACAAAGCUAGUUCCAGGACAGCCAGGGUUAUACAGAAAAACUAUCUGGAAAAACAAAAACAAAAAAGUCAGCUGGUAUUCAAAGAAGUAAGACAGUGCUGCUGGGCAUAGUUAGUGGCACAUGCCUUUAUUAAGUCCCAACACUUGAGAUACAGAGGCUGGAGGAGCCCUGAGUGUUUGAGGCCAGCCUAGUCUGAAACUUUUAAAUAACAUUUAUAUAUAUAUAACUUUGUAAAGAUUCAAAUGGGACUAAUAUUGAUCAAAACAUUAUUGAAAGGAUUUUUUAACACUUGGUAGAAUUGAGCAGUUUAGAUAUUGAAAAUAAACCAGUAAAGUUGAUAAGUAAAAAUAACAAUUAUUUCAAUGAUAUACAAAAAAAAAGAAAACAAAGCAAACAUUGCAUUUGAAGGCUGGUGUAUAAACUGGUUGAUGUAGCAUUUAGCUGGCAUAAAUGAGACACUGGUUCAGUUGCCUGUACUGCAAAAUGAGAGAAAAAAGUAUUGGCAUCCAGUGAAUCUCAGCACUUUGUCAGGUGGGACAAGAGGAUAGUGACUGUGUCUCAAAAACUUAAAAAUGUACAGAAGAGCUGAAAAUGUUCCAAGUAUGAACCAUCUUAAAACAACUAAAAAGAAUGAGAUAAUACACAUGAAAAAAGAGCAGCAGCAUAUUAGCUGCUCCAAGAUACACAAGUUAGAAGACGAAGGGGAAAUAUCAAUGAAAACACAUUAAAGUAAUGCAGAGUAGGAAUUUUGAAUUAAUAGGGGAUAAAGAGGUCUGGGAAUAGAGGCUCUGUGAGCAAAUAUAAACUUUUUAAGAUUUAAAAAAAAAAAAAAAAAUUGAGUUUAGGACCAAAGCAUUUGUAACAUAUUUUAAGCUUCUAGGCUCUUAGAAGUUCAAUAUAGCAUUUAAAUGAUAAUAGUUUACCUAUGACUGCAUCAUCUGAGUCAGUAACCUGUUCUUAAAUUCUGGUGAGCUGCAUUUGGAGCAACUGAAGAACAGGAAAUGUAUAUGGUGGUGGUGGUUCUGUGUUGAUUGUCCUUUACCUCUGUAUAGUAACUCAUAAUCUGUCUUCUAGAGGCAAGUUUCCUGGGACUUCUUCCUAGGUUUGAACUGUGAGCACCAUUAAGAAGUGACGUCUGUCCCAUUCCUGUUUCUUUUUUGUGCCUUGGUUUUGGUACUUCUGUGUAGUUAGCAGCCUUUCUUAUGUGGCUGAAACUCUCUAGCUUACAGCUAGCAUAUGUCUUCUGGCUUUUCAGAUUUAAUUCCCCUAAGUGCUUGCUCAUCACUGGUUGGUUUCAUUCUGUAAAUAAACCUUUUACUAAAUGUUCUUUUGUUGUUUUAGAACUUACUUAUUAAUUAUAGAUACAGUAUUCUGCCUGCAGCCAGAAGAGGGCACCAGAUCUUAUUACAGAUGGUUGUGAGCCACCACUUGGUUACUGGGAAUUGAACUCAGGACCUCUGGAGGAACAACCACUGUUGCUCUUAACAUCUGAGCCAUCUCUUCAGCCCCAACUAAAUGUUCUUUCAAAUAAUUUAAAGUUUUAAAAAUAUGUUUGAGCUUUUGAUUGCCUACGUGUGUGUGUGUGUGUGUGUGUGUGUGUGUGUGUGUGUGUGUGUAUUUGUGCACCAACUGCAUGCUGGUGCCUGUGGAGGGUAUAAGAGGGCAUUAGAUCCCCUGGAAUGGGAGUUGCAGAUUGUUGUGUUGUGUCCACCAUGUGGAUGUUGUGAAUUAAAUGUGGACCCACUGCAAGAGCUACAAGUGCUCUAUACUGUCAAACCACCUCUUUCGUUUCUAUUAAAUGUUAUUAAAGUUGA